AUGGACCCAUUCGAAGUGAGAAUGCAAUUUCUGGCUUUGAUUAGACGACUUAACGCCUCCCAACAAUCUAUCCAAAAAGUCGUCGGAUUCGCAGUGAAACAUUUCCCAGCGUGCGGCGAGGAUCUAUGGGACUGUAUCGUUGAAGAAUGUCAAAAGGGCUCGAUAAAUUCCCGUAUCAACAUCCUCUAUUUCCUCGAUUCAUUAUGCGAAACCUGUCUCCUCGUAUCGCAUUCUAGCUCCUCGAACUCGAAUGCUCAACCAAGUACGAGCACAGCAGCUGGUGGUAGUGGUGCUACAUCCGGAUUAUACGUGGUCUACGUCACCCGUGACCUGCGCAAGAUAGUGGAGUUGGUGGUGCCGGAGGGUAGGCAGGGGUUACCCAACCUCAUCAGUACCAAACAGAUCCUAGAGAGCUGGAGGAGUAAGAGGGUGAUUGACCCAGCCACCAUCGACGAGGUCAUCGAGGGGCUCAAUGGAAGGGGUGUACCUGUCAACGGCUCCUCGACCGCCGCGGGACAUGAAGACGCGGCUGGUUCUACAGAACUGAACAACGACUACGACCACCAGCACCGUCCUUCAAACCCACACCCAUCCGAACUCCAUCACCACCACCAACGAAGGUCCCUCUCUCGCAGUGACGUGUUCAAGCGCAUCGAAGAAGACAGGGAGAGGCAUAAAAGACUACGAGAACGUCGGUGGGUACAGCCUGUGUUCAAGGCGCAGGGCCAGCCUGGGCUCGUGUCGUUCCUGGACGACGAAGACGUGGAGUUUGAGAACGAGUGGGAGACGACGAGUGAUUGGAAUGAGGACGAUGAUGACGCUGUUGCGGAGGAAGUCAGGAUGUGUUUUUCUGCUGAAGAGAGGAUGGACUUGGGUUAA